UCUCCUCCCUCUCUCAUAUUUGUGAGAAGAGGACGGACAAAUAUGUGGAGUGUCAGAACAAGUGAGAUAAACAGUGAGGUGAUGGAGAGAGGACAGCGCACAUGCUGCUUGUAUUUAGGAACCAUACUUAUCCAAAAAUGACAAACCCAUCACUAUCUUGGCAGGCAGUGACAUCAGUUUAGCAUAUUCAUUACAAUGUGUGUGUUUUUUAGAGUGGGUUUUUAGCUGCACAACAACAGGCUAAUGGGGGGAUGGAUGAUGGCCAUUAAAUCUUUAUGUAACUCCCUCACUCUAAUCAUCAUUGAUUUUAAAUCAGCCAGCAUGAACACUUUUUAAUUGGCAGUUCUGACUGUCUGAAAGUGUUGUGCACAAGCCUUCCAUCAAAGAAAGAUGGGAAACACUUGCACUUUUGACUUGUGUAAGCACUUAAAUCUGAUCCUGCUGUUUCCCCCUAUUUUUCGUCUUCUUUUUUAAAAUCUCAAUGGUUCACUGUGGUGUUAAGUUUCUUUACUGUUUCGCAUUCUGCUAUGCCUUCUCAAAAGUCCAAUAUAUAAAAUGUUCCAAUACCGCAAAAUAAAAAAAUAAUAGUUGACUAAAUAUUGUGCUCCAGCUUUGCUCUUCAGCCUUCUAAACAUGGCUUGUCCCGACCAGCAGGACUACAGCCAACUUGUACUCACAAGCAUCCUUCAGGACAACCAGGUUUUUGUUGCCACGCCUUAGAAAAAGUCCAAAAUACGAAAUAACAUCAAUUAGUCAUCUGCUGUGACUGACACUCGAGCGCACGCUGAAGAGGAGGCUACACAGGAUGUUGCAGGGUGACAACAGCAGCGCCAGUGUACAGGGUUGCCAGCACUUGAUUGUAAUUCCGUGUGGGAGGAGGAUGGGUGGGUUUAAGUGUAUCUAGUCAUUUCUCUUCACACGCUCCGCUGUGCGCACACGGUGAAGACAAAAGCAGAGAGCGGUCCACCUCUCCAUGUGACGUCCAGCAGCUUCAACAUUUGUGAAGUGGCUGCCUCACCCGGUCGGACCGGAGGCCGUCUGGUCUCUGAUCUGUUCUCAGGAGUCACCGGAGACUCGCUGCGCACCGCCGGCGCCAGGCUGUGCGCCUCUCGGAUCACACCCGAGCCACCACGAGCUCUGGCGAUGGACAUGAUGGAAGGAGACGUUAUGGACAAGCUGGAAGACACGUCAUCGGUGUACGACUUCGACCCGAUCACCGGCAACAUUCCGGCCACCAAAGUAGAGAUCACCGUCUCCUGUAGAAAUCUGCUGGAUAAAGACACAUUCUCAAAGUCAGAUCCAAUGUGCGUGCUCUAUACACAAGGUGUUGAAACCAAACAGUGGAGAGAGUUUGGCAGAACAGAGGUGAUAGACAACACUCUAAACCCCGACUUUGUUAGAAAGUACAUCUUGGACUACUUUUUUGAGGAGAAGCAGAACCUUCGCUUUGACUUGUAUGAUGUUGACUCCAAAAGCCCCGACCUGUCCAAACACGACUUUUUGGGUCAGAUGUUCUGUACUCUUGGCGAGAUUGUUGGAUCGCCAGCCAGUCGACUGGAGAAACCACUGGGAGGGAUUCCAGGAAAGAAAUGUGGCACUAUUAUCCUGACUGCAGAGGAGCUGAGCAACUGCCGAGAUAGUGCCACCAUGCAGUUUUGUGCCAACAAGCUGGACAAAAAGGACUUCUUUGGCAAGUCGGACCCUUUCAUGGUUUUCUACAGAAGCAACGAGGAUGGAACGUUUACUAUCUGCCACAAAACAGAGGUGGUGAAGAACACAUUAAAUCCAGUGUGGCAGCCUUUUACCAUCCCAGUACGAGCACUCUGCAAUGGAGAUUAUGACAGAACAAUCAAAGUGGAGGUGUAUGACUGGGAUAGGGAUGGCAGCCACGAUUUCAUCGGGGACUUUACCACCAGCUACCGAGAGCUAGCUCGAGGGCAGAGCCAGUUCAAUGUGUAUGAGGUGAUUAAUACCAAAAAGAAAAUGAAGAAAAAGAAAUAUGUCAACUCUGGAACAGUGACCCUGCUUUCCUUCUCAGUGGAGUCGGAGUUCACCUUCUUAGAUUACAUUAAAGGAGGGACGCAGAUCAAUUUCACUGUGGCCAUUGAUUUCACAGCAUCUAACGGUAACCCCUCCCAGUCCACUUCACUGCACUACAUGAAUCCCUACCAGCUAAAUGCUUACGCCAUGGCCUUGAAGGCUGUUGGGGAGAUCAUUCAAGACUACGACAGUGACAAGAUGUUCCCGGCUUUAGGCUUUGGUGCCAAACUGCCGCCCGAUUGGCGGGUGUCACAUGAGUUCCCACUGAAUGGAAACAUUGAAAAUCCAUACUGCAACGGUAUUGAAGGCAUCUUAGAGGCAUACCAUCAGAGUCUAAAGACAGUGCAGCUGUAUGGGCCGACAAACUUUGCUCCUGUGGUGAACCACGUUGCCAGAUACGCAGCGGCGGUGCAGGAUGGCUCUCAGUACUUUGUGCUCCUCAUCAUCACAGACGGCGUCAUUUCAGACAUGGCCCAGACCAAAGAGGCCAUUGUAAAUGGUGCCAAGCUUCCUAUGUCAAUCAUCAUAGUCGGAGUGGGUCAGGCUGAGUUUGACGCUAUGGUGGAGCUGGAUGGUGAUGACAUCAGGAUCUCAUCCCGGGGGAAACUGGCAGAGCGAGACAUAGUUCAGUUUGUUCCUUUCAGAGAUUAUAUGGACCGGACAGGUAACCACGUGCUAAGCAUGGCACGACUUGCUAAAGAUGUGCUAGCAGAGAUCCCUGACCAGUUCAUCUCUUACAUGAAGAGCCGGGGGAUCAAACCCAACCCGGCGCCACCUCCUUACACACCGCCGGGACACACACAUCACCACACUCAGAUCUGAUGCCCUCCUCUUUGGCUUUUCACUGAGGACUGACAAUAAGCAGCAGCUUCUCAGAGUCCAGUGGAAACUCUCUGCCUCCUGUUUUUUUUUUUGGUGCAAAUAGGAGAAGGGUCACCAUGAAACGGGUGUUGAAUUUUGUGCUGUACACUCCAACGACUAUUGGAGCAGUACUUUCUGUUUUCCUGUGAUAUAUUCCUCUGUUUGGUUUCUCUUGAAGAGAAACUACAAACCUUUCAGGACUCGUGGGUAAAAGCCUUUUAGGCAGUGACUGUUUCAUGUCCAAUAUGACAGCAGGUUGGUUAAAAACGAUCAUGUUGUGGUUAAAACUUGUGCCUGUUUGUGGUUGUUUCUCUAAGUGUAUCAGGACAUGUGAACUUUAACCUGAACCUUGCUCGUCAGUCACUGGUGUGGCCUAAUACAGUGAUAUUUUUUAGGCACCUUUUUCCCUUCUGGAAUAAGUUUUUAUAUUUGGGAGUAUUUCUGUAUCUGCUGAUGCAACCGUUAUGAAGAAGGAAAAGCUGUAAGAGUGUCGUUUACAAUUUAUUACCCUGAAGAUUAAUCAGGCUUGUCAUACCAUGACACUUCACCACCUGUCCUUCAGCGAUUUAGCGAGUAAAUGUUUAUAAGAGCAUGUCAUAUAAGAGUUUAAGGCGCAUAAUCCAGUAUUUAUUCUCAAAUGUUAUUCAGAGUGGCAUGGACCUUUCAUAGAUUGUUUGAACACCAUAAAAAUCUACCCAUUUUGAAGUGGUCAACAGUUAUUUUCAGUGAGUUGGAUUGGAAAGCACAGCCUGACAACACACAAGUGUAAAAAUUAUGAAGAUAAAAGGUUAACCCCGCUUAAUCAUUCUCCUGCUAUUCAUUGUGUUUGAAGAAACUACAACUGAGAUACUUUUGCACCACAAUCAAAGGUGCAUGUAACUUUCUACACACAAGUUUUAAUACAGAGGCUUUUUCACCACAGGAUGUGUUGCACAUGAAGAGCAUUAACUACAGCCCCAUUUCCAAAAAAGUUGGGAAGCUGCGUAAGCUGCUAAUAAAAACAGAUGGCAGUGAUUUCUUAAUCAUUUACUGUAAUCCCUAGAUUUACUUGAAAGUGCUACAAAAAGAUAACAUGUCUGUUGAAAGAGAGAAAUCGUUUUUUGGGGGAAUAAUAUUUCUUCUUUUUGAAUUUCAUGCCAGCAACAGUCUUCAAAAACUUUGUGUCCGGGCCAAGAAAAAAAUGGGUAAGUUGUGUUGAGUCUUUCAGUGCGACUGCUGUUCUUCAUUCUGUGUCGGCAAAGAGUUUCACAAUUGAAGAAGGCCUCUCCCGGUAAAUUAAAAAAAUACAGAAAUUUCAUUAUCUUUUAUAUAUAAUAUUGUAAUGUCUUGAGAAAUCUCAGUAAUACAGGGACAAGGCUGAUAUCCAAUGUUGUUUGACAACCAUGAAGUUCAACUGCCUCAAGUGCCCUUUAUUGAAAACACAAUUCUGCAGAAAGAAUUACAAACUGAGAUCAACAAAACUGUAAAACCCAGGAAAGAUGAUGUAAUGCUUUGGAUUAGAUGUAUGGUAAUCCCAUUGUUUUAAUAUUUCCUGAGCAAUCUUUAAACAUUGCAUCUUUCUCCUGCCUUAACCAGGCAGCUCCACAAGGCCAACAAGCAGAUGCUGCAUGAGCUCAUAGCUAAUUUGCAUGCGGUUACAGAAUGUAAGUACCAAGGCCAUUUCUCAGCUGUUAUUGCUUAUCCCAUAUUUAAAACCUAACAAAAUGUGCUUUUAAUAAAAAAAAGAAAUGAAAGUUUAAAGAAAUGCAGCUGUUAAACUGUCAGAGCGCGGUAAAGCAGAAACACAACACGUGACUCUGGAUGUUUAAAUUGCAAUGUUGUUCAUGUUUGUCCAUAUAUCAGGAUAGUCACACCCCUAAAAGCCUUUGUCCCAACCUUUUUUUUUCAAAUAUAUUGCUGGCAUUGAAUCCAAAAUACCCCCCCCCCAAAAAAAAACAAUCACAAUCACAUUAUUUGAUAUAUUGUCAUUUUAUAAUGGCAAUAAUCGCUGCAUUCUGUUUUUAUUUACAUUUUGCACAAUACCAAGUGGUUUUGGAAAAGGAUUGUGAUUUAUUGUGAUAGCUUUUAACCACUGAAUCCUAUAGACUUUUCUUUUUACUUAUUUUGAAGUUUACCAUAAAUAUAAAAUAUAUAAGAUCGUACAUUUAAAAGAAAGUAAGUUGGAGACAAAAAAAGAUGAUCACACAUUUUAACAAUAUAUAUAUGUAUAAAUACUAUCCAGUGUUAGGUUUCCAACCUGACCUGAUCUGAGUUUUAUAAUCUCCCGCAUAUUAACUGUCGAGCAAUUGCUGUGAUUUGCCUUAUUUUUAAAUAAAAUGAAUAAUGUUAUCAGCACAUAUAUUGAUAGCAAAGGGCAUUGUUUUAAAUAUAAUCCCAUAUUUCCUCUGAUAUUUUACACUUUAGGACAACCGAGUGGCCAGUAGUUACAUAAAUAUGUUCCCUAACUCAUUUUUCGUCCCAGUGGCCGGUUAUUUUAGCCUCGAUACUAUUCUUAACACGCCACCUCUGCAGCCCAGACACUUUCACUGACAGUGAAAACCUGUAAGCCCCUGGUGAUCACGCAUCAGCAGCCACAAAAGCUCCAUCCUCAUAAACUCCUCCCGAGAGAUUUUCAUGUAAUAUAGAGCCGUCCUCCCUGCGCUGUAUAACAAGUAUCUUCUGGCAGAUAGUUCAAAAGCAGUUUCCAAAGCUUCACGAUUUAUUACUAUUAGUGGGCAAGAAAUUCUUUAAUCUGUGCAAAAUACUUUCAUGUUUUUGUUUUAAUUUGGCUUUCUGUACAUUCUUAAAACCUGUCGCAUAUCCAGUUUUACAGAGUUUAUAAGAUUCCUCUUUCCACAACACUGCAUCAAUGCAAAGUCUUUUGAUUGUAGCUGUAAAAUAAUGAAGUAAAAGGAUUUUUGUAAUGGAAGAAAUUGAAAUCAUAUGAUCCAUGAAACUGAAUGAAAUUCUUUUAAUCAUUAUACAUGCACAAUACAUAUAAUACGGGAUUACAGUCAUAAGAAGACACAAAGUAUUUAUGCUUUAGUCAAUUACAGUAUUUCAGUGUUAUGCUCUGUUUAGUAUUCAUUAGCAACACCACCUGCCUCUCUACUUUAAGCUUUGCUUAUUUAAGGGACAGGAAGCAUCGCUACAUUUAUACAAAUCACUGAGGAGGGUUAUAAUUGAAAGCAGGCAUAUACAUGCUGCAUCAAAAUGGAUUUGAAAGGGAGGCGGCGGCGUCUGCGUCUACUUUUAGUUCGUUCCAUAUUUCAUAACGGCAUUGUUGCAUAUUUUGAAACGGGACCCAAUUUUGGUCAAAAUUGGAAUAUGUUAUGCUGCAGUCACACUAAGGAAAACAGUGAUUGGAGACUAAAGCACAACCAAAUCUUGCAGUCUUGUUGCCUUUGAAACGGCUGCUUUAAAGACGGGGAUUGGGUCUGCGACCAGGCGACUUCAAAGCCACUUUGGUGAUAAAAUGACUAUAAGAUAGAGUCAGUCUGCUAUCAGUUUGUGACUGAAUGGGGUCAAGCUGGGAAGUACAUCUAUUUAUGGUCAUACGGCAAAAACUGGAAAUAUGCUGCCAUCUGCAUUCACAGAAAUUCACAUUGAACAGAAAUUUGAAUUCGUUAGUUAACUUCAGAGUCUAGCCAGGACUUUAUAGAUUUAAAACAGAGAUUUAGACCUUUCUCCAUGAAUGGUGACAUAGUGGCAUAGUUGCCUCACUGCAGAGUGACACAGGCGCCCAGCAACCAGUACAACCAAAAUACAGCCAGCUGAGUCAAGGACCUUACUGCAAACAGGUCACUGACGAGUUGCAGCAAUCGUUUGUAGACAGGUUGCCUCCCACCAGGCAACCUGUGCAACCAUCUUGCAGUUGAAAGAGGUCUACAGGAGCCUUAAAUCUUAAAUUCCUAGUCACAAGGAGGUUGCUCUCCUGUUUUUACUCUGAGACUGAGACAACAGUAACUUAACGACAGAUUUUUAGAUGACUUGCUUGUGUUUAUUUGAUUUCUCUCAGUAGUAAUAAACGGCUUCUGAAUGCUAGCUGUAUCAUCUUUUUCUAUAUUGGUCUCUCUGACUGUAGUCAUUAUUCAUCACUUAGUAUAAUUAUUUUGCAUUCACAUUGCUCGGUUUCCUAGUUUAACCUUCAUGUGCCCUUCCUUGGUGUAGAGUAAAAAAAGAAUAAAGCAAAAACGAGCCUAAAAUGAGCAGCCUACAGCAGACAGUAAAACAAUGCGUUUUCCUUUUUUAAACGGAUAAAGCCAGACAGAAGCAUAAUUCAUCUGAGCUAAAAAGGUGUCUCUUCAGGUGUCUAAUGUAGCAAACAAAGAAGGCCUUAAAUAAUGUGAAAGGCAGUCUCUCUGUCUCAUUUAGUUCUGUACAGAGAAGCAGCUCAGGUGGAGAAGUAAGUGGAGGAGAGAAAUUUGAUAAAUGGGGGUCAAAAUGGGAAACAGCGAUCUGGUUGUUCGUGCGGUGUAAAAGAAGAAAGGGUCUGUUUUGUCUGAAUUUUGAAGUGUAUUAUAACAGCUUGUUCGCAUAUAAAUCCAUCUAACACUUUAUGUUUGAGAGGAGUUCCUAUUGUAUAUGGUUAAUAUAUUUUUGGCAAUAUUAUUGUAUCGAAGAUAUCUAUUGAUUUAUUUUUGAAGUUUUUAUGACAAGCCAUCACUCCCCUCUUCUAUGUCAUUAUGGUGACUUCAUCUUUUGCCCAAAGCCUGAUUUAUUAGUAGGAUUAUCCACUGCAUGUUUGCUUGAGAUACUGUAAGAGUGUUUCACUCAUGUUGCCAUGAUCUGUAUAAAAAUUGGACCCAGCCCAACCAGAUUACAUGCAUUACUGUGCCAAACAUGGCAGUUACAGUGGACUGUUUGCUAUCUCUUCUUUAUCAUGCCUGGUUCUUCAAACAUUUCUUGUCUCACCAGUGGUUGAAAAAAACUGUAGCUAAUUUGCAUGUUACAGUUAACACUUUAUUUAUUUUUUUGUCUAAUUUAACAAGCUAUAUUUGUUGUUUAUAUCUCUUGCAUUUUCCGAUUAGCAUGAUUCCCUAUUUUUAUGUUAAAAGGGUUUUUAUCGUACAUGAUUAUUGUCAUAUGGUGGGUUGUGAAAUGCUUUGUAUUGGAUUGCCUUAAAUGAAAAUUAAUUAAA